CUAAAUAAUAUCAAAGCGGAGUGUCACACAAAAUUAUAAGCCACCUAAAACGAAAAAAAAACCUUAAAAUCAGUCUAAAUGCAAACCGUCAUCGUAAAAAUGCAUAAACCCUCAAAAGUCCAACGCCCUUCUCAAGUAUUGUUGCGUUACGCUUCCAGCGUCCAAUUGCUUACACGACAAUGAAUAGUUGAGGGCACGUGUUGGGAGGUGUAGAGCGUGCGCGUGUAUUGCCCCGCCCAUACCCAAACGCCGUACACGACGUAACGCUAAAAAGUUUGUGUUGUUGUUGUGCGCGAGUGCGUUAUACGACGUUUGUCUGCCGAGACCGGCGCAACCGCCACCGCUGCCGCCGUCGUCAGUGCUGACAAAACGCUUAAACGUCGCCUGUGACCGAGCACGGGCGCCGAGCUGCGAUGCAUGCGAACAGUAGCGGUCGAACAGCUUUAUCGGCACAAUCAUCGGGUACACCGUCCCAAUCAACGAUCUCGUCGUCGGGAAAGCAACAAGUUGUUGAGUUAUCGGGCUACGUUAUUAUUUUGGUUAAAAAUGUUGAGGGCAAAAUUAAGUUGUACGGCUCACCGCCCGAUCGCGAUAAUCUGGAAGUGGGCGAUGAGAUACUCGAGGUCAACGGUCUGACCUUGGAGAAUAUCUCGUAUGCGGAGAUUAUACGGCACAUCUAUGAGUGCAUAAAAUCCUGCACAAUUUGCCUGCGAGUGCGAAAAAAGAAUGAUACUCGAUUGGCCUGGGACAUUGGCAAUUCGGUGCAGGAAGCCUUCGUUAUCGCUGUCGAGGAGCAUGCGCGUGAGCGUCUGAAACGUUUGGCGGCGCUGAACCGGGUAACGCCGGUGGAUAUAACAGAGGUAUCGAAAACGCUGCAACAGACGAAGAGCGGCUCACAAUCGACCCAGAAGCAGGAUCUGAGCUUCCUCAACGAGGCCUCUCCCAUUUACGUCACCUCGUUCACAAGCACUCAGAUCACGUGCAGCAGUUCGACAGUCACCACCGCGACCGCAGCAACAGCCGGUCUCAUUACCUCGUCGACAAUUGCACAAACUUCCUCGGCGACGUCGACGGGCAUCACGACCACAGCGGCGGUUGUUCACGUUUCGGCGCCGCAGAGUUCAGUGGGCACAACCGAUCGCAACACCAAUCAAACGACGGCAGCGAUUGCGAGCGCAACAACAGCAGCGGCAGUGGCCGCGGCAGCAGCAACGAAACUAGCCAAUCAUAGCGGUAGCAGCAUUUACCAGCAGCAACAGUUGCCGCAGCAGCACCCGACGUUGGCGAAGUCAGCAAACGCAGGUAAAGCCCAACAACACCCUCCACCGCCAUUAACGCUGCAAUUGCAGCAGCAGCAGGCCGUGCAGGCGGCACAGUUGGCGCAACUGCAACAGUUGCAGACGCCAACGAUUGCCACCAGCCUGCAGCAUUUGUCUUUAGCUGAAGAGGAGGACGACGACGACGAUUUGAUUGGCAUUGACGCCAACUAUUAUAGCAUUAACUUUAUAAAAUACAACAACAAACACGCACAAUUGCCACCAACCACAACCGCGGUGGUGCUACCCGCAGCGCUAACAAGUCAGCUACAGAGGCAACAGCAACAGUUACAGCAGCAACAGUUGCUACAGCAACAACUAGAGCAACAACAAGCGCCGCUGCAGCUGAUACAGACAAAGUCGCAACCGCACAUCCCACCCCCGUUGCAGAUCCCCAGCACAAUAUUUGUCGAUGCACAAACCUCCCCGCUGACCGCGACUGCCGUGGAUGAUCUGAAGGGACCGCUGACAGCAGCAACAGCAGCGGCAACUACGGCGACAGCAGCUGCUGGUGGCUCCACAACACCAACAACCGAGUACACGACAGCCAUAUCCAGCAGCCACCUACAGCAGGCGUUCGCUUCAGCCGCCGCCGCGGACCAGCAACAACGACAGCUGCAGCAACCGCAACUACAGCAGUUAUAUAACAACAACAAUAUAGCAGCAUCGAAUUUCGGUGCUCCGGCUGCCUUGAGCAACAGCAAUAAUAAAGCGGCCGGCGUGAUAGUUCAGCAGCCAACUGCUGGUAGUGGUGUAGGUGUGGGCGUGACUGCGGCUGGGGGCAGCGGGGCGUAUGGUAGUAGUAUUAUUAGUAAUUGUGAUUUAUUAAUAUCAAAUAAUAUACAUCCACCGAGACGAGAGUUACUAACUACACUUAAUGACGAUGGCAGGCACUUUGAUGGCGAUACAGCAAAUAGCAAAAACAUCAACAUACAAAGUGGCAGCUGCAGUGGCAAUAGCAACGACUUGCUAAACAAUACAACAAAUUUAUACGAUAAACAAAUACAACAAUUAAAAAGUAGUAGUCCAAAUAGUAGCAUAUCAAAAGGAAGAACUGAACUUUUAUUAGGAGACCAAAGUUUAAGGCAGGAAAUUCGGCCUCGCCGUCGCUCCGGCUCCAGUAUUGUCGUUAUUGAUGGUGACGAUUUGAAGCCGUGCUUACCGGACGACUAUAUUAGUAGUCAGCAUUAUCGACAACAUUCUGGUGAUAGCAAAGAAAUCGAUCAGGAAAUGUUGACAAUGCUUUCAGUUAAUCAAGAUAAUGGUCCACAUCGUGAGAUGGCUGUCGAUUGUCCAGAUAAUUUUAUCGCGCGUAAUAAGACACCUCCACGUUAUCCACCACCACACCGUCCACCACAGCCAACAACACAACAAUACAAAACUAAUAACAAUACACCAGAACAACAACAGCCACUAACCGCAGCACAUAUGCGCAUAUCCAAUAACAAGAAGGCGUAUCCGCCACUCAACAAUAAAUACUCUGCGACCAGCAGCAAUCCAAAUGGUAGCGGCACACCGCCCACCCCUGGCGAGGAGUUCGAACUGAUGGUCAUCGAUGGUGGGCUGCUGCAACGCGCCGGCUCUUCUUCGUAUUCAUCGUCGUACGAGGAGUCCAUCAGCAAGAGCUCGUUCGAUUCCAUUGCAUACUGUCAUUUGCAUAACAAAAACAACAACAUUAACAGUCUAAAUAACAAUAACAUUAACAUCAAUCACUACAACAACACGAGUAAUUCAUCAAAUUCAUCAUCGCCGUCUAAGCGUGGCGGUGGUGUUGGCGGCGGCAGUGGUGCUGGCUCUGGUUCUGGUGGCGUUGGUGGUUCACUGAACAGCUCUGCCGGCUCCUCGCCUAGUGGCAAAGAUGCGCCAUUAAUAGAGGGUUUGGGUGGCGCGCCGCCCGAGUACGAGUUGCUGCCACUUUCAAUGUGCAAGCAGGUGGCCGCUAGCCUACUACAACCGUCGGGCAAGCAUCGCGAGCUGCCCGUCGACGUGCCGGACAGUUUCAUAGAGAUAGUAAAGACACCGCCACGUUAUCCGCCGCCACCACAUUUGUCCUCGCUCUCAUCGCAGCUGUCAUCGAAUUCGUCCACCUCGACGGCGAACACCACACUGACGCACAUCAACUCAUCGUCCGCCUCUUCCACCAAUACAAACAACACCACCAACUACAAUAACAACAAUAGCAAGACUAAUGAUAACUCCUUUUCGCCCAUGUGCUCCUCUCUCUCCGGCUCUUAUUCGGCAUUGGCAUCCAUCUCCGCCACGGCCUCGGGUAUCGUAUCGUUGUCAUCGACAUGUUCACCACCCUCCAUGGACCAUCAGUCAUCUGUAACCACAAAGUCAACGUCCGGUUGUCAUCCACUGAAGCAAUUGGUUAAACAGAAGAGUCUGCUAUCGUUGGGCUCGUUGAGCAGCUCCAUUGAGAAAUUAGAUAAAUCAACAGCAACGCAACGUCAGCAACCGCAACCGCAAGUGCCAUCGGGUGGCAGCGGCAUAAGUGCAGUCGAUGGCUGCUUUGUGAGCACUGUGGGCAAAAGUGUCAAGACUUCGACCAAGCGCAACGAUGAGUUGAAUGGUUCUGUGAAGCCCGUACCGCCGCCACGCGAUCAUCUGCGCAUCGAAAAAGAUGGCCGUCUGAUAAAUCGUACGCCAGCGCCGCAAUUGCCAGAUCGUCGUAUGGGCAGCGUUGGCGUUGGUGGUGCGCCCCAGCAGCAGCAUCAACAAAUUGCGCAAAUUGUUGAACCAACGCUAGAGCAAUUGGAUAGCAUCAAGAAGUAUCAGGAGCAACUGCGUCGGCGGCGUGAGGAGGAGGAGCGCAUCGCGCAACAAAAUGAGUUUUUACGCAACAGCUUGCGCGGCUCGCGGAAGCUUAAAGCUCUACAGGACAACAAGGCGGCAGCACAGCAGCAACAGCCGAUAGCCGCAGAGCGCGUGACGGGCGUCGAUAAUGAGGCGUACAUGGACGACGAAGAUAUCGAGAAGAUCAAUGGCUACGGCGAACUAAUCGCUGCGCUGACACGCCUGCAAAACCAACUCAUUAAAAAUGGGAUGUCCACACUUGCGGGCCGAGUGUCGGCUGCCCACAAUGUGCUGAGCGGGGCAGGUGUGGCUCAUGCGCUUGCAGCACGCGCCGCUGUUCUACAACGCCGACGUCCACGUGUUGCUAAUUCGGUUAGCGCAAAUGCCACGGUGCUACAAAAGGAUAUCGUGGAACUGCUGACGCAGUCGAACUCCGCUGCCGCCAUUGAGCUGGGUAAUCUGCUAACGAGUCAUGAAAUGGAGGGUCUGCUGUUGGCGCAUGAUCGUGUGGCGACACUCACUGAUGCCACACCAUCGCUAGUGCUUAGCGGCUCUAGCAGUCCACAGCAAACAUCAACAGGUGCCGGGGCUGCGCCAGUACCACUGCUUAAAAGUUCAGCGGUACGUGGCACAGCAGUGGCGCCACCUAUGGUGCCACCGCCAUUAGCGCAACGUAGCGCCAUGCCACUGCCGCAAAAUUUGACGGGCGGUGCGGGGACACAACACUCGCCACCAGUGCCGCCACAACAUGGUGGCUUUAUGAAACAGCCAAUGCGCGCUGACUCGCCGCCGCUAAGCGCUUGCUUCGGCACGCUCAAUGAUCAGAACGACAACAUACGCAUUAUACAAAUUGAGAAGUCCACGGAACCGCUGGGUGCGACGGUGCGCAACGAGGGCGAGGCGGUUGUCAUUGGACGCAUAGUGCGUGGUGGUGCUGCCGAAAAGUCCGGACUGCUACACGAAGGCGACGAAAUACUCGAGGUGAAUGGACAGGAGCUGCGCGGCAAGACGGUGAACGAGGUAUGCGCGCUACUGAGCUCCAUGCAGGGCACGCUGACAUUCCUCAUCGUGCCAGCAGGCAGUCCGCCACCGGGUGGCGGCCACCGCGAGAAUGCCGUACUGCAUGUGCGUGCCCACUUCGACUACGAUCCCGAGGAUGAUUUGUACAUACCAUGUCGCGAGCUGGGCAUCAGCUUCCAGAAGGGCGAUGUCCUGCACGUGAUCUCACGUGACGACCCCAACUGGUGGCAAGCGUAUCGCGAAGGUGAAGAGGAUCAAACACUGGCCGGUCUCAUACCUAGUCAAUCGUUUCAGCAUCAGCGCGAGACCAUGAAAUUGGCCAUUGCCGAGGAGGCGGGAUUGGCGCGUAGUCGUGGGAAGGACAGCAGCAAGGGAGCGACUUUAUUGUGUGCGCGUAAAGGGAGAAAGAAGAAGAAGAAGGCCAGUUCGGAAGCAGGUUAUCCGUUGUACGCUACGACUGCGCCGGACGAGACGGACCCCGAGGAAAUACUCACCUACGAAGAGGUCGCCUUAUACUAUCCACGUGCCACACAUAAAAGACCCAUUGUGCUGAUCGGGCCACCAAAUAUCGGGCGUCACGAGCUGCGCCAACGGCUGAUGGCCGACUCGGAUCGAUUUUCAGCGGCAGUGCCACUUUUCUAUUUGUUAGAGGAGAAACUGAAAAAGGAUACAUCACGUGCACGUCGCGAAGGUGAAGUACCCGGCGUUGAUUAUCACUUCAUCACGCGCCAAGCCUUUGAGGCGGACAUACUGGCGCGUCGCUUCGUCGAACAUGGCGAAUACGAGAAGGCUUACUAUGGCACCUCGCUGGAGGCCAUACGUACAGUGGUGGCGAGCGGUAAAAUCUGUGUGCUGAAUUUGCAUCCGCAGAGUUUGAAAUUGUUGCGGGCGUCCGACCUGAAGCCUUAUGUGGUGCUGGUGGCGCCGCCGAGUCUCGAUAAGCUGCGACAGAAGAAAAUACGAAAUGGCGAACCAUUCAAAGAGGAGGAGCUCAAGGACAUUAUAGCCACCGCUCGUGACAUGGAGGCGCGCUGGGGUCACCUCUUUGACAUGAUUAUCAUAAACAACGACACAGAUCGUGCUUAUCAACAGCUGCUGGCCGAGAUCAAUUCACUGGAACGUGAACCGCAAUGGGUGCCAGCCAGUUGGGUGCAUAACAAUCGGGACGAGUCGUAAAGUCAGUGGAAAUAAGGUGUAAGCGGAAUGGAAAGGAGUAAAAUGCCAAAACACAGGGAAACGAAUAAGGAAAAUUAGUGGGAAUUGAGGGACGUAUAAGAAGAGAGCUUAGGAGAAAAGUGAAAAUAAAAGAGAUGUAGUGGGGCAGAAAAAGUGUUGGAGAGUAUCGUUGAAGAAAACUGUCAUUAAAUUGCGGUUUAUUGGAGGCUGAAGCCGAUAGAAAGUUGCGUUGCCGCUAUGCAGGUGACGGAACAUCGAUAGCAAGUCGAUGAGCUUUUUUGAACAUUUUUGAAACGAAUUUCAAUCGCGAAACUUUCUGUCUUCGAUCAACUAAAAGAAGAUUUGAUUAGGUUUAGCUCUUGGCGAGCUACUUGCCUAUAUCUUCGAUGACUCGUGCGCCUGCUAAUAUUGGCUUUGGCCACAGCUGUACCAACACUGCGACACAGUGGCUUAAGGCUUCGAAUAGGUUUCUAGCGUGGAACAGAAACAGGGUUCGCGUGGCGCAAGUGGCUGCCGAUGCUUUAUUUCCAAGCGAAAAUGCAAUACUUACACAUAUUUACACACACUUAUACUUAUUUACUCAAACAUACGUACAGUAUACACACACACACACACAGAGUAAACUUAAACGCUAUUAUGUAUAAUUUGUUGAUUUAUUUGAUAAAAUUUUGGCGUUUUAAUUGGACUCUUAAGCGUUGAAAAAGCGUUAAACUGAAUGCUAAAGUAAAAAAAAGUAAAUAAAAAUAAGAAAAUUAAAAAAUGAAAAAAAAAAAUUAUAUUAUAUGUGAAUAGGGCAUGUAAUUGUGCUUUGUACUUAUAAAUGUUUGUAAAAAAAAAUAUUUUAUAAAAAAUCGACGCAUGCCUUGAAUUACUUGCGUUUAUUGUGUAUUAUAAAAAAAAUUAGAAAUUUACCGCCUUAUGCAUAAAACAUUUAUUGGUUUCGAAAUGCUGUUUAUAAAAUGACGAUUACGUCAGGCAAUUGUUUUUGUUUAUGAAACAUUUCAGAAUUUUUUUAAGUUUUUAUGAAUUUGGUUGGCUGUUAAAAAACAUACUUCCAAGUAACAAAGUAUCACAAAAUAAUUUUACUUUACGUUAUGUAAUAUAAUAUUUGUUCUAAAUAUGUACUAAAACUCAAGAAAUUCCUUAAUUGCAAAAUGUACAUUUUUUUGUUUAAAUUAAAUUGUUUACCUUUAUCUUUUCGCGCGUUUCUUAGUCGUAAAAAUUAGUUAAAAAACAACAAAUUAUAAAGAAGCGCAUAAAAUCUGAAAUGCAUGAAUCAUUUCGAAAUGUUUUUGAAAGAAAUUUUGUAAUUUAGUAUUUUAAGAACAAAUAAAAAUAAAAUAAAAUUUAGUAAAAAAAAAACGAAACAGUAUGUAAAGCAACUAAGAACUAAAAUUGCAUACCUACACAUAACAAAAAAAAAAAAAUUCUAUUAAAUUAAAAAAUAAAACAUGUCUAGCAGUUGCAGGCCAAAUGAGCAACGAUUUCUAUGGUUUUGCGCUGAGAAAAAAUUAUAUAAUAUAUAAAUUCAUAAAAAUUCAUGAGAAAGCAGAAUUCACAAAAAAUAGAAAAGAAUCUAUUUUAAGCCCACGUACCAUAAUAAAAAAUAUAAUAAUAACAACAACAAAAACACAAAGUGCUAGUAACUAAACAAAAGAAGGUUUAGUAACUAACUCAUAAACGCUAGUUGUAAAAUCAAUAUAAAGGAGUAAAAUAAUAUAAAAAACCCAAAAACAAAAAAACAAAA